GGGGCUGUGAAGAGUUGUGUUCAUGUUUUAUUCUCCGCUCCAUCUCCCCGGGCGCCCUCACCGACAUGUCCCCGCUGCUGCUGCUCCUGCUCGGCCUCCUCGCGCUGCUGCUCGGCCUGCUCCGCCGGAGGAAGAGGAGAAAAGGCGAGCCCCCGCUGAUUAACGGCUGGAUUCCUUACAUCGGAAAAGCUCUGGAGUUUGGACGAGAUGCCAACAGAUUUCUGGAGGAGAAUCAGAGAAAGUACGGAGAUGUUUUUACAGUGCAGAUGGCAGGUAAAUACAUGACCUUCGUCAUGGACCCGCUUCUCUUUCCAAACAUCAUCAAACAUGGCCGCCAGCUCGACUUCCACGAGUUCUCCAACAAGGUGGCGCCGAUGACCUUCGGCUACCCGCCCACAAACAACGUGAAGUUCCCCCACCUACAGGAGCAGAUCGGCCGCUCCUUCCAGCUCCUCCAGGGGGACAACCUCACCCUCCUGACAGAAAGCAUGAUGGGUAAUCUCAUGCUCAUUUUUCGUCAGGAUCACCUGGGUGAGGGGGCGGGACAGGUGGGAGGUUGGAAGAUCGCCAACAUGUACGAGUUCUGCAUCUCAGUCAUGUUUGAGGCCACCUUUCUCACCAUGUACGGCCGACCAAAGACGGCGAGGAGGCACAGCGGGACAAGCGUCCUGCGUGACAACUUUGUGCAGUUCGACUCCAUGUUUCCUCUGCUCAUGGCUCAGAUCCCCAUCGGACUGCUCCGACGCACCAAGGCCAUCCGCCAGAAGCUCAUCAACUACUUCCUGCCCAACAGGAUGUCGUGCUGGUCUCAUGCCUCACAGUUCAUCCAGAGACGGUCAGAGGUGUUUGAACAGUACGACACGCUGAGGGACGUCGACAAAGCAGCUCAUCACUUUGCGAUCCUGUGGGCGUCGGUGGGGAACACGGUCCCCGCCUGCUUCUGGUCCAUGUACUACCUGGUGAGCCACCCUGAGGCUCUGGAGGCUGUCCGGGAAGAGAUCCACACCGUCCUGCGGCUCGGCGGUGUGGAGUUCAGCAGCGACAGAGACGUGACGCUGAGCCGAGAGCAGCUGGACCAGCUCCUGUACCUGGAGAGCACCAUCAACGAGAGCCUCCGCCUGUCCUCGGCCUCCAUGAACAUCCGAGUGGUUCAGGAGGACUUCAGCCUGCGUCUGGACGCCGAGCGCUCGGUGGCCGUCAGGAAAGGGGACAUCAUCUCGCUCUACCCUCAGAGCAUGCACAUGGACCCCGAGAUCUACGACGAGCCAGAGACGUUCCGGUUCGACCGCUACACCGAGGACGGCAAAGAGAAGACGGAUUUCUACAAAAACGGACAGAAGCUGAAGUACUUCUUGAUGCCUUUCGGCUCCGGCUCCACCAUGUGUCCCGGACGAUACUUCGCCAUCAACGAGAUUAAGCAGUUCCUGUGUCUGCUGCUGCUCUACUUUGACAUGCGGCUGGAGGCGGGGCAGAGCCGGGCCACGCUGGACACCAGCAGAGCCGGGAUGGGCAUCCUGCUGCCCGCCCAGGACAUCCUCUUCAGCUACAGACUGAGAGAGGUCUGAGCGGGACGGGGGGAUAUGUGAGCCUUUAAAGAGCUGUGAUAUUUUUAAUUAUGGUGUACAAAAGAACCGAGUGAAGACAUCUCAGCCUGACUCGACCCAUGACUCGCCUGGAUGUGGUUCAGCCAGACUAGACCUGAAAGAAAUUAACUGAUUUAAUCCAACAGGACUGGCUAGAGCUGGUUUGACUAGACCUUACUGGAAUAAUCCUAAUGAUUGUAGACUGGCUUUCUGACGCGACACCACUGAUGACUCAACCAAAGGCGAUCUGCAGGACGUGACUUGAAGCCACCUGAAACAUUCUGACUCGACUGAACAUGACUCAACUUGACCGGAUUUCUUCUGCUUUUCAUUCCUCAAUGCAAUUAUCAGCAUUAAAACACUAAUCAUGGUAGCAGCUGCAGUUGUACACACGUUUGGAUCAGGCCGACAUGGUGGCAGAAUUUUACACACUAAUGCAACAGCAAUAAAAAACCAAACAAUAUCAACUGGAUAAUUCAAAAACAAAUAGAAGUCUAAGACAUCAGAUCUUGAUCUAAUCUGGAGAGUCAGUCAUUGCUUUGGUGUAAUUUUGAGUGAGUUCACGUUAGCUAAGGUUGUUUAAGACAGGGGAUUUCAAAGUGUGGAAGAGUGAGCCUCCCCUAAGAAGAAAUUAUUCAUUCGGUGGACCCCCACACACACAAAGGAUUCAAACUAAAAAAAAAAAUUAAACAACAUUUCAAACAUUUAUGUCUAAUCUUAA